AUGUGUCGUAUUCCACUCUGGGUUUGGCUCUUCAAAGAGAAGAAGAAGAGCCUUCGGCAGCUCCACAAAGAGCUCCUCCACAUGGAGCCUGAUUAUAUCCCAAAUCAGGCUUCCAACAUUGACAUCCACCCGAUGGAUUUCUGGACGGGGAAUACCGAUCGUUCCCUCAUCCAAUUCUUCACACCCGACACCGACACCACCUUCAAAAUCGCCAAUAGUGCUCUCGACCCCGAGGACCCCGUGGACGACCCGUUCACGUGGGUUCGGGCGAUGAAGACAAAUCAAGACUUCGUCCCCCAAGAGAUGCACUAUCAACUCUAUAAGGCAUUUUCGAAGUACCUCCGCAAAUCUCAGAGGGGCAGUAACACCCCCAUUUACUGGGACCUGAUCCCCAUGGAAGAAGACAAAAGUCUCUUCAACAGCAACGACAAGUACGGCUUCACCGUUCAAAGGGGAGCCGUAAAUGCUGAUGGAAAGGGCGCUCAUCAACUCGCCGUCAUGACAAGCGAAGAAUGCUAUCAUGACACUUUCCCCUCAGUUGGAGAGCUCAUAGUACUUGUUCGAUGGAUGCUUAGUGGAAUCCAGAACCACAAGCACCAAAUCGGCAAGUACCACCGACAUGAGCGGCCCCAACUUGACUUCCCGACAAUGGUCAUCUCAUUUCUCCCCGAUGCUCGAGUUCGAGUUUUGCAUGGGUAUUUCGACAAUGGCCGGCUCAAAGUGGCCUAUACCCCAGCACUCAACUUCGACGCGGAGGACUAUGCCGACAAAAUGGAUGGCCUUCUCCAAUGGGCAUGGCCCCUCACUGAUGGGGACACCUCAAAACCCAUCCCUCUUCCAACGAUCGAGGACGAUGAAGAGGAUGAGUGGGAUGAGUGGGAGAAGUGGGAGCUCCGAUUUAAGGAGGAGAGCGAGGAUGAGUGUCUGAGUGACAUGGGGGGGAAAUCAGACACGGAGGGUGACAGCACUGAGGUGAGCCACGACCUCAGUGACUGUGAGUGGGAAUUCGAGGAGGAGUAG